CUGGUUUCUACGACUACGCCUAUGAAAGAAUAUGCAAUAAAAAAGUGUAUUCUGACUUUUCCAGCAGCGGUCGUUCGAAAGUGAAGCUAAAUCUUGACCUUGAGGCUCAGUGCCCACGUACACCCUGUAGUUUUUGUCUUAGUUUCCGAUGCCAGAUGCUGAUGCGGAGCUGUCGUAAUUACUACCAAGGCUUGCGCUUGGAGUUUCAAGUCCAGCUCGCGAAAAUAAACAUUCUCUACUUGUACGACGUUCUUGUAUAAUGGAUCGUUUGCAGCAGGAGGACGAGGAGGUUCGCCAUUAUCUACAAAAAUGACGACCUUAUCACGUAGUGUGUUGCCUCCGCGCCUAUAUUCCUGUGUGGCACUCGAUAGGAACAACGAUCGUGGCGACACGACGCAACUCGUCGAGGAGCACAGUGGUUUUUUGGGAUGGGUAGACGGAGCGACGAAAAAACUGAGUGAUGGACGCACAUUACGUGUUUGUGCUGUUUCGAAACCGUUGCCCGAGGAAGACUUUCCCAUGCGAACUUGUUCCGAGGAGGAAGAAGGUGGAAUUAUUAUGCGAGCAGGAGGCGAGGCGAACGAGGACGAGAGAGUAGUCGAGGUGUUCGCAGACGUCCCGUGCCCGAUACCACUCUUGGAGGUUGUUCACGAAGAUAAGACAAGCGCCUCGAUUUCCAAGGACCAGGACCACUACCGUUCCUCGUCGUUCGGGCCAGCACCUGAUGAUCCCCGCUUGCAGCUGCGUAAUUAUCUGCAGUACAACGACUUCUACCGCGAUGAUCUCCUACUACCACCAGCACACAUUUUCCUUCACCGUGUGGGCUUUCUCAACCUAGGAAAUCAAUCAAGUCGGCUGCACAUCGAUACCCUGGACAACGAGGCUCUGGGACAAGUGAAUCGCAUCAAAAGCGCGCUGCGACAGCGCGCCGCGGCCACGGCAAGUCACACUAUAAUUACUACUUCGAACAGCGGUAUUUACUUUGCAGAGGUGGCAUCACGAGAAAGCAACAGGUUUGAUGCCCGAUUAAUCACCGGAAUUCCGAUUGAUACGCGACAAAUGAUCAAGGCAGAUUUUGUUCAACUGCCAGAGCGAGGGCCAGAGGCACCAGUAGCAGGGCCAGACCCAGAAAGUGCAGGCUCCAGUGCUGCUGCAAACCAGGAACACGUCCAGUUCUCCGCUGUGCGACAAGCCGCACAGGCCGGGCCUUGGGUUGGCACGGUGGUGAAUCAGUUACUGAUGCCGACUAGUUAUGACGGGUGUGGUACGUCGCAGUUUGCGGCGGGCUCAUCCACUGUACAAACUGCAGGUUCUUUGUUCAGCGGUCGAGUUUCUUGUGACGUUUCGGUAUUGUACAUGGCUAAUUGCGGCGACCAGGCAUGGCACGCAGAUGGCCCGCAUAUCGGUCGCAGCUGUACCUGUAGUGCUGUCGCUGACCACUCAGCGGUAGAAAAGCCACAUCAUGAUCAUGGAAUAAAUGGUGAUGUGCACGACCAGAACGAGCAAGUUGUUCCUAUUGCUGAAGACGACCACCACGAGUACGACAGCGAUACCCAGGAGCAGGACCCGGAACUAGACCAGAAUCUCCCUCUGAGUCGGAAUCAUGAAGAGAAAGAACCUCAACAACACGACAUAUUACGGACCAGCUCGCCGCUGUUUCGCGAGAAUGACGACCAUAGCCCCGCGUAUGGCCUCUGCGUGUUUCUGGCACUCACCGACAACGAGCCGGGGAUGGGAGGAACGGAAUUUUGGCCCGGGUCGCACAAGCACCCAGGGCUGCUAGGCUUGGGACCCUUGGGGCCGCUCGUGGAAGCCACUGUUACGACGAAAAAUGCUCGGCGGGGCGACUUAUUCAAGAAAAAAACACCAUCACAAUCACUUUUGCACAUUUUUGCAAUACAAAAAUUUUUGUCAUGCGCAAAAAUGCAUCACAGUCAAGCUCAACAAGACUUGUAGGCGAUUUCCCUUUUGUGUUUUUGCAAUACAAAAAUUUGUCACGCGAGACAAAUUUCUGAUGCAAAACCUCCUAAGUGUGAUUGUGAUGGUGUUUUUUUCUUGGAUAAGACUGUGUCCUCUACGAUUACAGGCUCCUCCACCGCGGCCUUGCCAACGAAACGCCGAAAGAGCGACGAAUGUUGCAAUUCUUCUACUACCGGAGCGAUCUAUACCGAGAGGUGCGGAAUUACGGCACGCAGAGCCUUUUCGAGUCCGAAACCAUAACCAGCACAGAUGAGUUGUAG